CCUUCCCUUACCACCACCAUGCCCGCUGAAAGAGCAGGAUAUACAGUGACUAUGUUCCUCGUGGACAUCUCCAAGUCCUCUGGAAAAACAAGAAUCAUCGACCUCCUUGAGGGGCCAAAUGGCGAAGAACGCACAGCCGAAAUCACAAAUUUACAAUGGGGACUUCAAUACGUGAAGCUCAAGAUUCAAGAAAUGAUAUACAACGGACGGAAAACAGACCAAUGUGGCGUUAUUAUAUUUGGCUCAGAAGAUACGGACAACAUCGUCAAUCAGAAAAACGGGGGGUAUGAGAAUGUGUUUGAGUACAUCCAUAUUGCACAGCCUAAUGCUGCGACCCUUGCAAAGCUAGAUCAGUUGGAGCCUUCCGAAACUACCGGAGAUCCUAUCGACUGCCUCAUUGUCGGCAUUGAGACUCAAGCAGACCAUCUCGGUUCUAAGAAGACAUGGACUCGGAAAAUAAUUCUCGUCACAGACGGAGAGAACCCUAUUGAAAUUGAAGACUGGGAAGCUACAGUGAAGAAACUUAAUGAACUUGAUAUUUCCUUGACCAUAGUCGGUAUCGAUUUUGACGACGAAGAAUUCCCAUAUGCGGAAGAAGACAAGUCGAACAUUAAGCGGGUGAAUGAGAAUUUUUACAAGCAGUUCAUCGACGGCGUCGAAAAAGGCGUGUUGGGAACCUGUGCCUAUGCCCUGCAAGAUAUAUCGCGCCCAGACAUCAGACAAACAAAAUCUGUUCUAAUGGGCACUAUUCUCCGAUUAGGCGAUGUGGAUACGCGCCCAGAAGAAGCCCUUGAAAUAAUGGUCAAAACGAGCAAGUGCACAGCCAUUAACCGACCAAAGAGCUGGAAAAAAUUCUCUAUGAGGAAGGAAGAGGACGAGGAGGGGCCAGAGCCCAGGGCGAGGAAGGCGGAUGAUGGAGAAGAACAAAUGUGCUACGCCCAGCUGAAACAGAGAACAGAAUACUUUGUCGAUAAGCGAGACAAAGAUGAAGAUGGUGAUGUCGAAAUGGAAGAAGAGGAGGAAGAAAUCGACGAUGGCGCCAAGAAGAAAGAUCCCACGGAGGGCAUGGAGGCAGUCGACAAGGAAGCCUUGGUGCGAGGAUUCAAGUAUGGAUCGUCAUAUGCUCCCUGCCCUGAUGGCCAGUUUCCACGGUUGCACACAAAGAAGGGAAUCGAGAUUAAUGGUUUCUUCCCGAAGAAAAAUUUUCGUCGCGAGCUCUCCAUGGGUGAAAUACAGUAUAUUUGGGGUGAUCCCUCUUCACCUCAACAACAAGUGGCUCUGUCGUCUAUCGUACAGGCGAUGUACGAAAAGGGGGUCGUGGCCAUAGCUCGAUGGGUAAGUAAAGACGGGAUGGAUCCAAAGAUGGGAGUACUAUCUCCCAUGAUGUUUGAUAAAGUGGAUUGUUUGCUUUGGGCGCAGAUGCCUUUCGCAGAUGACGUGCGUAAGUACGCUUUCGCAUCUCUCGACCACCUCGUGAACAAGAAAAGAGAGGCGGUACAAGAACAUCCGUAUCUUCCGAACGAAGAACAGCUUGAAGCUAUGGAUAAUUUCGUCGAUGCUAUGGACGUUAUGACAGCAGGAGAGAGAGACGAUGAAGGGAACCGAGAACCAUGGUUCGACACACGAUAUUCCUAUAACCCUGCAAUUCAUCGCGUCAAACAAGCCAUGUUCCACUGUGCAGUUGUUCCCGAUAUAGAGACAAAUCCUCUUUCACCUCCCCACCCUGAACUUCUGAAAUACUUUGAACCACCACGCAAGGUUGUCAAGCGGGCACACGACGCAAUUGAAGAAGUAAAGACUGCUUUUAAGGUUAAAGAAGUACCAAAGAAGGUCGCCCGAGCUCGUAAAGACGGACAUGUUCACGCGCGCGAUGAUGACGAGGAAAUGCUGCUCUUGGACCGCAAAGGUCCAGCGACUGUCCAAACUCAGUCACACCUACAGAUCAUUGAAGAACCUACCGCUUCAUCGAGCAAGGCGAAUCAGAAUGUAAAUGAAAAUGACAGCGCAACCGAGGAGGAAGAGGAAGAUCUACUUGACAAGGCACCGUCAAAGAAAGGCAGCAACCUUCUUCCAACACCCGCUAGGUCCAUAUCGCCUCAAGUCGAUCCGGGUCGAGAGCCCGGUCGAAUUGUUGGGACAACGUACCCUUUGAAUGACUUUCAGAGGAACCUUACAGCCAAGGAUCUGGUCACCAAAGCGGUAGAAGACCUUGCCUACGUCAUUACGGAGAUCGUGAUGCGGCCAUUUUCGUCACGACGGACGAAUGAGUUGAUUCAAUGUAUGAGAGUUAUGAGGGAUACAUGUCUUAAUGAAGAUGAGAUUGAUGCGUGGAACGAGUUUCUUAUGGAGCUGAAGAAGAAAUGUAACGCAACACCAGGAAAUCUUGAAUUUUGGGGGGAGCUCCAAAAUAUUGGACGCCCGAUAAGUCUGAUCAGCGAUGAAGAAGCACGCGAGCAAGGGGGCGAAUCGGAAAAUGUUACUGAAUCGAAGGCCAAAAAGUUCUUCAACUAAGUAUAUCACCUUCCUCAUCUAAUCUCAGGCAAAUUUCCUCGGGCUAGCUAUCGUUGUUAUCUGCGCAUGUGUAUUUAAUUUCUGUUUCUACAUUACUGUAACAUCAACUCUUGCCCCACCAUCCACCGAGCAGACUACUCAAUCCUCCACGAGCAGUGGAUGCUGGAGCAGGCUCUGGCGUUGCCGCUCUCCUGUCCUCGACGAUUCGCCUCUUGUCAGCAACAGACUCAACCUUCGUAGUAGGGGCCGGCGCAGGAGCAGGCGCAGAUUCCUUCCCUGCUCUCUCCAACAACCUGUCCAUGUUCAAGUCCACAUAAUUCAGGGCGAUAUUGAAGAAUGCUGGCUUCUUGCAGGACUGGUGGUCCGCACUGAGGGAGCCACCAUUGUAGGCGA